UUUAUUUCUCCUUCUUUACCUGCAAAACCCUAAAUUCACAUCACUAGGAAGUAUUUCAGAAAUCACAUCCAAAAUUUGUUAUAUAAUUUAUUUCUUGUAAUUCUUGGAAGUUUUCUGUAAUUAUUUUGGGUGAAAAAUUUAGAGUUUACCACUGAAGCUCAGUUCUAUGUCUGCAAUGGUGGAUGCAAAACUCAGAAAAGUGCAGAAAUUGUAGCUUUGAAAGCUUGAUCUUACAUUUGAGGAUGAGGUUUUGGCUCUCUGGGGUCUCUAUAUUUUUUCUACAAUUUAUUGGAACCUCUAGAGCUUCAUUUUUCCCAUGUUUUAAGCUUUAUUUAUUUAUUUUGCAUUUAGCUUAAAAAUUGUUUUUCAGGGUUUAUAUAAAUAUAUUUCUGGCCCAAAAGCUCAAAUCCUUGAUGGGUCAAUUUUUAGGGUUUUAGGGGUUUAAGUGUUAUUGUAAUUAUUUUUCCAGGGUUUUUGGUGGGUUUUUCUUGUUUUAGAGUUUGUAUACAUUCUAUGGAGGAAAAAGAAAGUUCGGCUUCUGGGGUAGCAGUGAGUGGUGAAGAAGCCCCAGAUAGCUAUAGGGUCGCCCCAAGAAACGAAAACUCAACCCAAUUUUGUGGUCCCACGAUGGCAGCUGCGCUGGCGCCCGCCUCAGCUUCGCCGGUAAGUGUGCCGGCGGCGCCUAGUACGGAAGGAAAGAAGAAGAGAGGUAGGCCUAGGAAGUACGGCCCAGACGGUAGUGUGGCUGCAGCAUUAUCUCCCAUGCCGAUUUCGUCUUCGAUUCCACUCACAGGAGAGUUCUCGGCUUGGAAAAAAGGUAGAGGAAAACCUGUUGACUCAAUCAAAAAGUCACACAAGUACGAGACUCAUGAAAGUUCAGGAGACAAAGUAGCAUACUCCGUUGGUGCAAAUUUCACACCUCAUGUGCUUACUGUCAAUGCUGGCGAGGAUGUUACAAUGAAGGUUAUGUCAUUCUCCCAACAAGGAGCUCGAGCCAUUUGCAUACUAUCAGCUAAUGGUACCAUUUCAAAUGUUACACUUCGCCAGCCAACUUCUUCGGGCGGUACUUUGACAUACGAGGGCCGAUUUGAGAUACUUUCCCUGUGCGGAUCAUUUAUGCCUACUGAAAAUGCAGGAACGAAGAGCAGAUCUGGUGGGAUGAGUGUGUCUUUGGCCGGUCCAGAUGGUAGAGUAGUGGGAGGAGGACUUGCUGGUCUUUUGGUAGCUGCUGGUCCUGUUCAGGUUGUGGUCGGCAGUUUUUUACCUGGUCACCAGCAGGAACAGAAGCCCAAGAAGCAGAGACUUGAGCCAAUAUUAGCAGCAGUUAUCCCAACUCCCGUUAUCAAUUCCAUUUCUGGUGAAGAAACAAGGGUGUUAUAUGGUGGAGUAAAGCCCAUGGUGACAUCUGCUGCCUUCAGUGUAGACAAUUCUCCGUCUCUGAAUCCCAUUCAAGGCUAUAGAAACUUGGGACCUGAGAUGAAAUCAUCUCUGGCCGAAGAGGAGUCGAAAAGCCUCAGCCAAUCGAACUGCGAGGUUUCUUGCUGAUCCUUUUCAAUUGGGUGUGCUUGUAGUAUCUUGAUUGUUUCUAGCAGACUCGAGGACACACUUAGGUUCACACACAAUCUUGUCUGACACCCAAUAUUGGACUUGAUGGCUUCUGAAGGAGGACAGAAACAAAUUAAGGCUUAACUUUGUCAUGUUGGUUUAACCCAGAAUUGUACCCUCUUCUUAUUAUUGUUAUUAUUAGGUUUUAGGUAGGACUCUCCUAAUCAUAAGGCUUAUUUUCUGGCUCUUGUCGCCUUGUAUUUCUAGUGUUGAUGUCUUAUUGUUGUAACAUUUAGAUGUACCAAGCAAGGAUACUUAAUUGUCUGAUUAAGAGCUUUGUAUCUUGUACGAUUGAUUGAUUUGAGUGAAUGUUAUUCUGGUUAUGAGUAA